AUGAUUUCAUCACAAAAUGAAAAUCAUCAUCUUCGUCAAGACCAUUUAGAAGAAAUAUUUUGGAAUUUAAAAGCCGAGUUCGGAGGUGGAAAAAACCUUUCCGAAUCCUCUUUUCAACCACCACUCUAUGAGAAGGAUAUUAAUUUAGUGGAUCCGCUGCAACAAUUUGCUUAUCAUUCCUUGAAAUAUGAUCAUUUGGGAGGUCCUCCUGAUUAUUAUAUUCGUGAAUUGAAGAGGAGGCAGAAACAACGGCAAUCAAAUGGAAAUUCUAAUGGAAUGAGUCCACCAAUACAAGACAAUGAUGAUGAGCAAUGGGUCGUCGUAUUGGAACAAAAUUUACAUCCAAAUCGAACUCUGGUCAAUCCCAAUCAUGCAUGGGAUGCUUCAAGUAAUGUCGCUCCAUUAAUGCGGCGGAUUUUUCAAUUCGAUAAUUUGUUACACUUUGUUACUGUGUUGAUGCAUGUUGGGUUGAUCAUUCCAUUAAUAACUAACAUGAUGGGAUUGGGUGGGAAAUUGAAAGAACUAAAUGAUGCCUUGAUAAGACGUGAUCGCAUGAUACGUGGUGGUGGUCGCAUGAAUGACACAAGUCGAGGCAUUAUUCAAUAUCUUGUUCAAUUUUUUGCAAGAAAAUGGCUGAGCUCUGGUGUGAAAUAG